AUGGUGGUGGUGGAUCUGGCUGUGGCCAAGGUGGAGGAUCAGGAGGUGGUGGCAGUAGUGGUGGAGGAGGUGGAAGCCCAGGAGGAGGGGAUGAAGGAUAUGGUGGAGGUGGUGGUAGCCAAGGAGGAGGCGGUGGAAGCCACGGAGGAGGGGGUAGUGCUGGCGGUGGCAGUGGAGGUGGUAGUUCUGGAAGCGGUGGAGAUUACGGUAGUGGUGGAAGCGGAGGAGAAGGUGGUAGUGCCGGGGGUGGUGGAAGCCACGGAGGAGGGGGUAGUGCCGGUGGUGGAAGCCACGGAGGAGGCGGUAGUGCUGGCGGUGGCAGUGGAAGCGGAGGUGGUAGUUCUGGAGGCGGUGGAGAUUACGGUAGUGGUGGAAGCGGAGGAGAAGAUGGUAGUGCCGGGGGUGGUGGAAGCCAAGGAGGAGGAGGUAGUGCCGGUGGUGGAAGCCACGGAGGAGAGGGUAGUGCUGGCGGUGGCAGUGGCAGUGGAAGCGGAGGUGGUAGUUCUGGAGGCGGUGGAGAUUACGGUAGUGGUGGAAGCGGAGGAGAAGGUGGUAGUUCUGGGGGUGGUGCAAGCCACGGAGGAGGGGGUAGUGCUGGCGGUGGCAGUGGAGGCGGCGGUGGUAGUUCUGGAGGCGGUGGGGAUUACGGUAGUGGUGGAAGCGGAGGAGAAGGUGGCAGUGCUGGGGGUGGUGCAAGCCACGGAGGAGGGGGUAGUGCUGGCGGUGGCAGUGGAGGCGGCGGUGGUAGUUCUGGAGGCGGUGGGGAUUACGGUAGUGGUGGAAGCGGAGGAGAAGGUGGUAGUGCUGGAGGUGGUGGAAGCCAUGGAGGAGGGGGUAGUGCUGGUGGUGGCAGUGGAAGCGGAGGUGGUAGUUCGGGAGGCGGUGGAGAUUACGGUAGUGGUGGAAGCGGAGGAGAAGGCGGUAGUGCUGGGGGUGGUGGAAGUCAAGGUGGAGGGGGGAGUGGUGGUGGUGGUAGCCAAGGAGGAGGAGGAAGUGGAUCAGGUUGUGGAGGAGGUGGUGGAUCAGGUGGCGGAGGAGGGUACGGUGGUGGUGGAAAAGGUGAUAAAGGAGAUGACGAUGGAAAAUGUGGAAAAGGAGGAAAAGGUGGGAAAGGUGGCGGAGGAGGAGGAUAUUGAAGUGGUAUUAAAGGAGGCAACUACAUGCAGAAUAAAGGAGCGUGACGUGAUGCUGGACAUGAAACCGAAGUCCAGAAUUAGACAACUCCUUACUUCUUUCUUAAUCUUAAAUCUACCUUUCAAUAUCAUAAUUCCUUCCAUUCUCCCGUUUUCCCAUCUUUAA